AUAUAACAACUUCACUUAUGCAUAUUCCUUUUUUCUCUUCUAUCAUUUUCCUUCUCCCUCGUUACUAGUGAUUUAUUAAUACUAGUAGUAUAUAUUACUACUACCAUAGUACUAUAUACUAUAUUACUAUUAAUAUUUUUUUUCUUGUGUGUGUGGAUGAGUUGUCUUUACUGUAUGGUAAUUUCUCCAUUCAGUAGUAGUAUUUAAUAUUGGUGGUUGUAGUAAUGGUCUUAGUGAAUUGAAGAUUCUUGUUUCUCUCUUUCUGAUGGGAAUAGCUGAGUUUUUUUCAACUCCACUUUCCUCAACCACAGUACUUUGUACUACUACUAUUCAUCACUAGCUGUUGAGGCCAAAGAAAAAAAAAGUAUAUAAUAUUUAUCAAUGGAGUACGGUGGCACCGGUGGUAGUGGUGGUGGUGGUGGUGCUGAUCCUAAUGAUGCCUCCGAUCCUCAACGGAGGAAAAAACGUUAUCAUCGCCACACUGCUAAUCAAAUUCAAAGACUUGAAGAUAUUUUCAAGGAAUGUCCACAUCCAGAUGAGAAGACGAGGUUACAGUUAAGUAGAGAUUUAGGUUUGGCUCCUCGGCAGAUUAAGUUUUGGUUCCAAAACAGGAGGACUCAAAUGAAGGCACAACAUGAGAGAGCAGAUAACUGUGCUCUUCGAACAGAGAAUGAUAAAAUUCGAUGUGAAAAUAUAGCAAUUAGAGAAGCUUUGAAGAAUGUGAUUUGUCCAUCAUGUGGAGGUCCUCCAGUUAAUGAAGAUUCAUAUUUCGAUGAACAAAAAUUGAGAAUUGAAAACAUGCAAUUAAAAGAAGAGCUUGAUAAAGUAUCUAGUAUUGCUGCUAAGUAUAUAGGGAGGCCAAUUUCACAACUACCACCAGUGCAACCUAUUCAUCUAUCUUCACUAGACUUGUCCAUGUCUAGUUUUAUCGGUCAUGGUCCUAGUUCACUUGACCUUGAUCUUGAUCUUCUUCCUGGAAGUUCGUCGGCUAUGCCUAGUUUGGCUUAUGCUACAUUGAAUUUAUCGGACAUGGAUAAGUCACUCAUGGCCGAUGUUGCUGGUAAUGCUAUGGAGGAACUCAUUAGACUGGUUCAAACCAAUGAACCUUUGUGGAUGAAGUCCUCAUCAAUUGAUGGCAGAGAUGUACUUAAUUUCGAUAAUUAUGAUCAGGUUUUCCCAAGGACUAACAGUCAUUUGAAAAAUCCCAAUGUUCGGAUUGAGGCUUCCAGGGAUUCAGGUGUUGUCAUCAUGAAUGGUUUAGCAUUAGUUGACGUGUUUAUGGACGCGAAUAAAUGGCAGGAAUUCUUUCCUACGAUUGUUUCAAAGGCUAGAACGCUCGAAGUAAUAUCAUCUGGUGUAAUGGGCAGCAGAACUAGUAGUACAUUGCAGUUGAUGUAUGAAGAAUUGCAAGUGCUUUCACCGUUGGUCCCAACGCGACAAUUUUAUUUCCUAAGGUUUUGCCAGCAGAUUGAGCAAGGGUCAUGGGCAAUUGUUGAUGUCUCUUAUGACAUAGCUCAAGAAAAUCAGUAUUCUUCAACUUCUUGCAAGGUUCAUAGGCUUCCGUCUGGAUGUUUGAUACUAGAUAUGCCCAAUGGUUACUCCAAGGUUACUUGGGUGGAACAUGUGGAAGUGGAAGAGAAAGGUUUAAUUCAUAGGCUAUAUAGAGAUCUUAUACAUAGUGGAUUGGCAUUUGGAGCGGAGCGAUGGGUUGGCACUCUUCAAAGAGUUUGUGAAAGAUAUGCUUGUCUCAUGGUUAAUAGCAACCCGUCUCAUGACCUCGGUGGAGUAAUUCCAUCGCCUCAAGGGAAGAGGAGCAUGAUGAAACUGGCGCAAAGGAUGGUGCGCAAUUUCUGUACUAGCGUAAAUCCAUCUAAUGGACAUCAAUGGAGCACAAUUUCUGGUUUGAAUGAGUUUGAAGUUAGAGCCACCCUCCAAAAGAGCACUGAUCCCGGCCAGCCAAAUGGCGUAGUCAUUAGUGCAGCUACCACAAUUUGGCUGCCAAUUCCUCCACAACAUGUCUUCAAUUUCUUCAGAGACGAAAGGACUCGACCCCAGUGGGAUGUCCUUUCCAACCAAAAUCCAGUGCAGGAGGUAGCACAUAUUGCGAAUGGCUCUCAUUCAGGGAACUGCAUUUCUGUGCUACGGGCCUACAACACUAGCCAGAACAACAUGCUGAUACUCCAAGAAAGCUGCAUAGACUCAUCAGGGGCACUAGUAGUGUAUAGCCCAGUAGAUGUACCGGUCAUCAACAUAGCAAUGAGCGGUGAGGACCCCACGUAUAUCCCAUUGCUUCCCUCAGGGUUCACAAUAUCACCAGACGGACGACAACUAAACGCGGAGGCAGCAUCAUGCAGCAGCAGCUCAAAUGCAAGUACCAUAGGAGGAGGCAGGUCAGGGGGUUCACUUAUAACAGUAGUGUUCCAAAUACUAGUAAGCAGCUUACCAUCAGCAAAAAUGAGUCCAGAAUCAGUAAACACUGUGAAUAACCUCAUAGGCAGCACUGUUCACCAAAUUAAAACUGCCUUGAAUUGCACCACUUCUUGAUCCUAUUUUUUUUUUUUUUUUGAAAUCAGUUCAGCAUUUAAAUUACCUCUCUGCUUCUGUUUGGAAGUAGUUGGGAAUUUUCAAUGCUCCUUUCAUUACCUCUGCCACUGCCUACUGAUUCUGUCACAGCUUUAUUACAUUUCACAACUCAUAAUCUUUUUUCAUUUUUUUUGGGGGCUGGUUAGCAUAUUUUUCCCUUUUGAAAUUGUGGGUUCUUUUUUUUUUUUCCCUUUUAUUGAAAUUUCAUUUUGCUUAAAAGAGGAAGUCAAGAACGCACCAUACAAUAAACGUCUUGGUUAAGAAGUGUUUACAAUUGUUUAGGCAAGAAAAUUGUAUGGUUCGGGUAUUGACUUUCUGUACUUGAAACUUUAUUCUAUCAAUCUAAUGGAAGUUUGUUUGAAUUGUUCUUUUUUC